AUUUCUGGGAAUUUUUAUUUAUAAAUAUAUAGAAUUUCUGUUUUUCUCAUUGUUAAAUCUGUUAUAAUGGCGCUAGUCUCUACCGCGACACCAUUUUUAAAAGUACUUCGUAAUAGCGUGAGAAAUACAUGUGUAUGUACUAUAUAUUUAAGUAAUUUCGAAUAUCUUUGAUAUCAACGUAUUUUCCAAAAAGAGAAUGUGAAUUAUAUAUUUAUGUUUAGUGAAAUAAUAUUUGUUCUUCUUAUCAUUCUUUUUGAUUGAUAUGUCUCGUGUAGUGUCGUGUACAUUUUAAUUAAUACUUCAUCGUUACACAUCGAACUAGAAAUAAAACCAGUCUGUGCUAAGAAGAAACAUGUUUCCAGCUUAUGCCUACUUGUCAGCUUAUGACAGACACAAAAAACUUAUAAAUGAUUAUUUCACAUUGUACGGAGGUUCAGUGUCAUCUUUGAAACGGGAUACGUCCCGAGAUAAGACUGACUAUGACGUUAUUAGAGAAAACCAUAGAUUUCUGUGGGAUCAAGAUAAUGAACCAGAAACAUGGGGUGCUCGUUUGGCAAAGAAAUAUUAUGACAAAUUGUUUAAAGAAUACUGUAUAGCUGACUUAACAUAUUACAAACAAAAUAAGGUUGCCUUAAGAUGGAGAACAGAGAAGGAAGUUAUCGUUGGUAAGGGACAGUUUGAGUGUGGAAAUAAAAAAUGUAAAGAAAAGGAAGGCCUUAAAUCUUGGGAAGUAAAUUUUGGUUACAUAGAGCAUGGUCAGAAGAAAAAUGCUCUUGUCAAAUUAAGACUGUGCCCUGAAUGUUCUAUAAGGUUGAAUUAUAAAUCUCAAAAACGCGAAGCAAAGAAACAUAAAACAUUAAAGAGAUUAGGUACAAAUACUGAAACACCCAGUAGUAUGCCUAGUACAUCAACAGUUUCAAUUAAAAUUGAAGAGGAUAAAGGUGCAAGUAAUGUUGGGAAACCGAUUGAAGAUACAGAAAAAGAUGAAGAUGAAUCUAAAAUUUGGAAAGAAAAACCAAUUGAAAAUCUGGAAAAAACAAGAGAGGAGGAAUUUGAAGAAUAUCUAGCAGAUUUGCUAAUGUGAGAAACAAAAUUAAAGUUUCUUAUAAAAUCAUCUGUUAUGAAUAAUGUUUAAAAAAAUACGAUAAUUUCUAUACACAACAGGAGUCAUGUUCAAAUAAAUAUAACAUUUGCAGUUA